CUCAUCUAUCAACUUGCUUCUAAUUCUCGGACAGUUUUCAUCAAUUAUAUCAGUUGAUACCAAGUUUCCCCAUCUUUGUGGAAUUGAUGCUUUUAGUUUGGAAAUUAAAACUUUACCUACGAAAAACAAGCGUUAACAACAGCUGAAGCACAUAUGGCCGCAACAACCACACCCAAAUCUCUCAAUCUUUACUGUUCGAAACAGUACUCGUCAUUUCCCAAACCAAAAACUCAUAUAAACUUUAGGAAAAAUUUCCACUUCAACCUAAAACCAUAUUGUCUCCGAAUCCAAGGGGCAUCAAACUCGACCUUUGUCGUUAAUGAUGGCACAUCACCAGAUCAGGUUCGAGUUCAAAUUCUCUCUGAAUCACUUCCUUACAUCCAAAAGUUAAGAGGCAAGAUAAUUGUUGUCAAAUAUGGAGGUGCUGCUAUGAAAUCGGCUGAGCUGAAGGCUUCAGUUGUUAGGGACCUCGUCUUACUCUCUUGCAUGGGCCUCCGUCCUGUCCUUGUCCACGGCGGAGGCCCUGAAAUCAAUGUACUUCUCAAACAGCUCAAUAUUCCAGCUCAUUUCCGUGAUGGCCUCCGUGUAACCGAUGCCAGGACUAUGGACGUUGUCUCCAUGGUUCUUGUAGGUAAGGUCAACAAAGAUCUUGUCUCUCGUAUUAACUAUGCCUAUCCGGCUGCAGCUGCUGUAGGCCUCUCUGGGAUGGAUGGGCGUCUUUUGACAGCCCGGCCUAGUCCAAAUGCUACUCAACUAGGUUUCGUUGGAGAGGUUGCCAGAGUCGACCCUGCAAUCCUCCAACCCCUAAUCAAUAGCGGGCACAUCCCAGUGAUUGCUUCAGUGGCGGCUGAUGAGACGGGCCAGCCUUAUAAUAUCAACGCUGACACGGUAGCUGGGGAGGUCGCUGCCGCAUUAGGGGCAGAGAAGCUGAUUCUGUUGACAGACGUGGAGGGGAUUUUGGCAAACAGGGAGGAUCCUGGAAGCCUGGUGAAGGAGAUUAAUAUAAAGGGAGUGAAGAAGAUGAUUGAAGAUGGCAAGGUUGCUGGUGGAAUGAUACCAAAGGUGAAUUGCUGCAUCCGUUCCCUUGCUCAAGGGGUCAGGGCAGCUAGCGUCAUCGAUGGUCGCAUUGAGCACUCGUUGAUUCAUGAGAUUAUGAGUUUUGAGGGCAUUGGAACCAAGAUUCUUGGCUAACGCACCGACUUGUCCUGCUGCUUCUACUAUUACUAUCACAAAAUUUACAGGCUAUUAGUUUUCUUUUUUUUUUUUUUCCUUUUUAAUAUUUUGGGUAAAAAGAAUAUGAAGUUUCAUUGGUUAUUAUUACAUUUUCCUUUUAUGCUAUAGUUGUAACUC